UAUCCCCCUACAGUUUUCGUCGCCUCGUGCAAGUGGGCGGUAACCUCUGGAGCGAACACAAGCUGCUAAUAACAAUAUCACAAUAUUGAUAGUGUACAUAAGUCAUGUUUCGACUUUCGACAUUCAAAUGCCGUUUGGUGACUUAGUGGGGAUAUGUAUUUAUUUAUUGCAAGGGAUUAGUCAGUUAAAAAAAAAAGACUCCUGAAAAAAGACCCAGUCGGAGGAAUGGCAGCAGCUCUGACAACUUGGAUUGUUAAUAUGUACUACGCGAAAUGACAACGAUAUGUUUUUUUAUUUUUACGUAGUAUGAUAUAUGUGGAUUUAUAUGUGAACCCUUUCGCGUCAUUUAAUGUGCGCGCUUUUAAACCAUUCGACGUGCUUUUGCCUUCCAAGGGGCUGAAUUAGUGGGAGCUACUAGACGCGCGUUUCCACGCAACAGAGCAGCAGAGAAACGGAUGAGGAAUAGAUGAGCUUUUUUACACGAAGCCUGUUUAGAAGCUUUUUACUAUGGAGCGUCAAGAUGGGCUCAAUGGUGCCGUUGAGAGCUUAAACCAUCAGAACGCAAUGGAUGGGCCUGGCUCCCCCACACUGAGCUCCAAGCAGGAAGACCUCAGCAUCAUGAAUAGAAGUGACAACUAUUGGCCGGUUCCUAAUGAGGAGAAGAAUUUGGACAUGGACAACACCAAGACCAAGAACUCAAUACAAAUGAAAAAUCUUAAUGUUGAUGACCGAACUCCCCUGUGCGUUGCGUUGGGCCCAUAUUUUGCUGAUGGCAAGCGGCGAGUGGACUACGUGCUGGCCUAUCACAUUCAGAAACCCAACAGUGCGCGGCGCAAACCUCCCAAGUUUGCAGACGGCAACUUUGUUCGCCGGCUCCGACGCAGUCUGAGCUUGAGAAACAGCCGUGCACCGCUGCAGCCCAAAGAGGACCCAGAGAUUGCUGCCCAAGAACAACAGACUGAUUAUCAUGAAGAUGAUAAGCGGUUCCGGCGGGAAGAGUUUGAAGAGAACCUCCAAGAGACUGGGCUGCAGUUGGAAAAGGAUGAGCAGAAUAAGAUUCCGGGAGUUGUCUUUUUGAAGAUCCAUGCUCCAUGGAAUGUCCUUUGUCGGGAGGCUGAGUUCAUGAAACUUAAAAUGCCAACAACCAAGGUUUUUGAUGUGAAACAAGGAGGUAAUAUUGUUGAAAAGAUUCGACUGUUCAUACACAAAGUCACAGCACCUCUGCACCCAAAAGUGGACACCCUUCAGCCACAAAGUGUGAAAUCCCUCAGUCACCCUUUCUCCAGAGAGAAGGAGCACCUAUUUGAUCUGUCAGACAGAGACAAGUUCUUUGACAGCAAGACCAGGAGUGCAAUAGUGUAUGAAGUGCUCAAAAGGACAAGAUGCACCCGGGCUACAUACUCAAUGGGGAUUACCAGUCUACUGGCCAAUGGUGUUUAUACUGCAGCUUACCCCCUUCAUGAUGGUGACAUUGAAGGAGUGAAUGCUGAACCUAAUGACAGAAAGACAUUGUAUGAGGAGUGGGCCAGCUACAGUGUAUUCUACAAGUACCAACCCAUUGGACUAAUUAGGAAAUAUUUUGGGGAGAAGGUUGGAUUGUACUUUGCGUGGCUGGGAGUCUACACACAAAUGUUGAUCCCUGCAGCCAUCGUUGGAGUCAUUGUCUUCCUCUAUGGUUGUGCUACUGUUGAUGAUAACAUACCAAGUAUGGAGAUUUGUGAUCCGAGGAACAACAUCACCAUGUGCCCGCUUUGCGAUAGUGCCUGUAGCUAUUGGAAGCUUGUGACGGCAUGUGGUACUGCCCGAGCCAGCCACCUCUUUGACAACCCGGCAACCGUCUUUUUCUCCAUUUUCAUGGCCCUGUGGGCCGUUCUCUUCAUGGAGCACUGGAAGAGGCGGCAGAUCCGACUGAAUUAUGUUUGGGACCUGACGGGUUUUGGAGAGGAAGAGGAGGAGGAACACAAGGACCAUAACCGAGCUGAGUACGAGCUUCGUGUCAUGCAAAAAGCAAUGAGACAAGAAAAUUCAACCUCAAAGGGUGAGAAAGUGAAGCUGACAUGUACAGACAGACUGCCAGCUUACUUGACAGUGGUGGCCAUGAUGGCAUUCAUGAUCUCAGUGACGUUUGUCAUUGUCUUCGGUGUGAUCCUCUACCGGAUUAGCAUUAAGACGGCUUUGCACAUCAGCACCUACCCUGCAGCACGGUACAAUGUCCGGGCCACCGUCAAAACAACGGCUGCCAUCAUCAACCUCAUCGUCAUCAUCAUCUUAGAUGAAAUCUAUGGUGCUAUCGCACGCUGGCUCACUGUACUUGAGGUUCCAAAAACAGACAAAAGCUUUGAAGAGAGGCUUAUCUUCAAGACAUUUAUCUUGAAGUUUGUCAACGCUUUCACACCGAUUGUUUAUUUGGCCUUUUUUAGAGGACGGCUUGUGGGGCGGCCAGGAAAAUACCUGUAUGUUGUCGGAUCAUACAGAAUGGAAGAGUGUGCGCACGCAGGAUGCCUUAUGGAGUUAUGCAUCCAGUUAUGUAUCACCAUGCUUGGCAAACAGCUCAUCCAAAACAACCUGUUUGAGAUUGGCAUACCCAAGCUGAAAAAAAUGCUACGCAAGAAGUCGUCCGACCUAGACACAAAGCGAGAAGAGGAACUGGCCAAGACAUUGAAACGGCAUGAGAAGGAUCACUUCUUGGGCCCCUUUGUAGGCCUUAAUCCAGAGUAUAUGGAAAUGAUCAUCCAGUUUGGAAUGGUGACUCUUUUUGUGGCCUCGUUUCCUCUGGCGCCACUCUUUGCUCUUCUGAAUAACAUCAUUGAGAUACGCCUGGAUGCCAAAAAGUUUGUUAUGGAGCUUAGAAGGCCAAUUGCUGUCAAAGCCAAAGAUAUUGGUAUCUGGUACAACCUGUUAAGAGGCCUAAGCAAGGUGGCAGUUAUACUGAAUGCCUUUGUCAUCGCCUUCACAUCUGACUUCAUCCCACGGCUUGUCUACCUGUACAUGUACAGUCCUGAUGGCACCAUGCACGGCUUUGUCAAUCACACUCUGUCAUAUUUCAACGUGAGUGACUUUCAGCCAGGUACAGACCCUAUCCAGCCAAUGAUCCUUGGUCAUAAGGUAGAAACAUGCAGGUAUAAAGACUACAGAGAGCCUCCCUGGUCCAACACACCGUAUGAUCUCUCCAAGGAGUUUUGGGCCAUUCUUGCAGUCCGCCUUGCUUUUGUGGUUGUCUUCCAGAACGUGGUGAUGCUCAUGAGCGACUUUGUGGAUUGGUUGAUCCCAGACAUACCAAAGGACAUCAGUCUCCAGAUCCACAAGGAGAAGGUCCUCAUGGUGGAGAUGUUCAUGAAAGAAGAGCAAGGAAGGAGACUUGCCCUGCGAGAGAGUCACAGGGGGAACAAUAGCACUUCCCCGUCAUCCUCGAACAAGAGCCUACUACAACGCACUCGCAGCAAAACAUAAAUUACUCAAGUACCAGCUGUACGUUUAUUGGAAAAGAAGCACAAAUAUCUUUAAAAAAGAACACGGUACAACUCAUAACUAAGUUUAUAAAUGGAGGACUUUAAACAGUAGCUAGAAAAGCUUAUGCAAUUUCACAAAAGUAAGGCUUCUCCAUUUUGACUGUCUGUAGAAAUGACUUAAAACCUGAAACUUUCACAUAUUCACCAUUUUAGGGCUUUUUCAACAUGUACAUAUCUUUUUGAACCUAUAGCAACCUAGAGCCAUUUCUUCAAGUCAAUUGACGAGGGAUUUCUAAAGACAUCAUGGACUGGACAAGGCAAACAUGGACUAAGAAGGACGUGGAAAUAAGGAAACAUCAUGAGGGAUGAAAGGGCAUUUAUGAUCUCUCACACCUGGGACUCUCUCCUCCGGAGACCAUCGAGCAGCAGGGCUGAUGAGCACCACGUCACAGUGCUCAGGUGGCAGUUGAAACAUGUCAAGGUAAAAAAUAGAAUAUAAUACAGUGAAACCUCUGUUUGCAUCAUGAAUCUGUUCCAGAAGGUCCAACUCUAACCGAAACUGAUGUCCCACUGUAUAUCUCAAACCUAAAAAUGCACCACUGAAAUACACUCAAAUACACAUAGGAAAUACACAUAAGACAUUUCAAGAGAAAUGGAUACUCAGGUGUUAAUCAUUAUACUUUCUGGAGUCAUUUUUCAUGAGGAUUAGUCAAAUGAAAUGUUACUAGUUGUAUUUGGGAAACAAAAAUCCCAUUAUUUUCUGUUAUACGUGAAUAUAAACACCAGACAAAACGAUGCCAAACCCCACUUUAAUCUGAAAGGUAUUCUCAGGGAAGAAGCUUGUCUAGUUAAUCCGUCCAUGUUCGUCCAUACAAUGGAUAAAAUCCCCUGCUGUGUCUAUGCUUCCAUUGAAUUUUCUUUUUCUACAAAUGUUGGUCAUUACUGUUUUGAAGAGGUGUGGUUGUUAAUGUAUUUAGAUUUGGAGCUUUUUGGUUCUUUUGCGCUAAACAUUAUUUUCUGCUAUGUUUUUUGUAUUACAUGUAACAAGUUACAUGUGAAGGGGCAUCACAUGGUUACAUUUGCACAAUUCAACAUGUCUGAAAAGGAGUAGAAAGAAGAAGAGCAUAUGUUUAUCAGAAUAAGAAUCAAUUAUCCUACCCCUUCCCCAUGUCUAUUACUGAAGUAAUAGUAAUAAAUGAACCUUAACUUGUA